GGGAGCGCCGGGAUUGGCUGCCAGGCCCGGGCCGUGCUGAUGAUGCUGGCAGGCAGGGCUGGGCUGCGCCGGGCAUCACCAGCCCCAGCCCCAGCCCUGCCUCCCCGGCCGAGGGAUGCUGCCGCUGCUGCCGCCGCCGCCGCCGCCGCCGCCGCCUCCUCAAGCCGCCCUGGCCUCUGAGCUGGGGGCACCCAGACCGGCAACGGCGGCGGAGGCUCCUCCCGGCGGGAGCGCAGGCAGACUUGGUCACCCCUUGCGGCUGCAGCAGCUCACGAAGAAGACCCCUCCAGCAGAUCUGUGAAGGCUCCCAGAAAAGAUGGCGAAUGUCACACCAGCCAAGCUGGACAACAUGGAGGCCCAGCAGCAGCAGCAGCAGCAGCAGCAGCAGCAGCACAACAACCCACGGUGGGAGACCGCUGAGCAUCACCACCGGCCCUGGGACGAGACCACGGCUACUGCCAAGCUCUUUGAGUGCUCUCGGAUCAAGGCUUUAGCUGAUGAGCGAGAUGCCGUACAGAAGAAGACCUUCACCAAAUGGGUCAACUCCCACUUGGCCCAAGUCUCCUGUCGGAUCAGCGAUCUCUACACGGACCUGCGGGAUGGAUUCAUGCUGACCAAGCUGCUGGAGGUGCUGUCAGGAGAGCAACUGCCCAAGCCCACCCGUGGGCGGAUGAGGAUCCACUCCCUGGAGAACGUGGACAAGGCCCUGCAGUUCCUGAAGGAGCAGCGGGUCCACCUGGAGAACGUGGGCUCCCAUGACAUUGUCGACGGCAACCACCGGCUCACACUGGGCCUCAUCUGGACCAUCAUCCUGAGAUUCCAGAUCCAGGUGAUCAAGAUUGAAACGGAGGACAACAGGGAGACGCGCUCCGCCAAGGAUGCUCUGCUGCUCUGGUGCCAGAUGAAGACAGCAGGGUACCCGGAGGUUAAUAUCCAGAACUUCACCACCAGCUGGAGAGAUGGGCUGGCCUUCAACGCCCUUAUCCACAAGCACAGGCCAGAUAUCAUCGACUUCAGGAAGCUCACCAAAUCCAAUGCCACCUUCAACCUCCAGCAGGCCUUCAAUACCGCUGAGCAGCAGCUGGGCCUGGCCAAACUGCUCGACCCAGAAGAUGUUAACAUGGAGAACCCCGACGAAAAGUCCAUCAUCACGUACGUCGUCUCCUUCUACCAUUACUUCUCGAAGAUGAAGGCCCUGGCCGUGGAGGGGAAGCGGAUCGGGAAGGUGCUGGAUCAGAUCCUGGAGAUUGAGAAGAUCAUCGAGCGUUACGAGUCUCUUGCAAGCGAGUUGCUGGAGUGGAUCGAGCUCACCAUCGGCAUCAUCAGCAACCAGAAGUUUGCCAACUCCCUGGCUGGCGUCCAGCAGCAGCUGCAGGCCUUCACUGCCUUCUGUACCCUGGAGAAGCCGGUCAAGUUCCAGGAGAAGGGGAACCUGGAGGUCUUGCUCUUCUCCAUCCAGAGCAAGCUGCGGGCCAACAACCGCAAGCUCUACGUCCCGAGGGAGGGGAGAAGCAUCUCCGACAUCAACAAGGCCUGGGCCCGGCUGGAGAAGGCCGAGCACGAGCGGGAGGUGGCCCUUCGCAACGAGCUGAUCCGGCAGGAGAAGCUGGAGCUGCUGGCCCAGCGCUUCGACCACAAGGCCGUCAUGCGGGAGACGUGGCUGAACGAGAACCAGCGGCUGGUCUCCCAGGACAACUUUGGCUACGACCUGCCGGCGGUGGAGGCCGCCAUGAAGAAGCACGAGGCCAUCGAGGCGGACAUCUCCUCCUACCAGGAGCGCAUCCAGGUGGUGGUGGAGCUGGCCCAGGAGAUGGAGUCGGAGGGCUAUUACGACAGCAAGCGGAUCAACGCCCAGAAGCACAACAUCCUCCGCCAGUGGGGCCUCCUGACGGACUUGGUGGGCGCCCGGCGCAGCCGGCUGGAGCAGAACCUGGCCCUCCAGAAGGUCUUCCAGGAGAUGGUCUACAUGAUUGACUGGAUGGACGGAAUGCAGGCCCAGCUGGCAUCCAAGGAGCUGGGCAAGCACCUCUCGGAGGUGGAGGACCUGCUGCAGAAACACAGCCUGCUGGAAGCCGACAUCUCUGCCCAGAGCGAGAGAGUGCAGGCCCUCAACGCCGCUGCCCUCAAGUUCUCGGAGCUGGCCGGCUACCAGCCGUGUGACCCCCAGAUCAUCUGCAACCGGGUGAACCACGUCCAGAGCUGCCUGGAGCAGCUGCAGGAACUGGCCUCCAAGCGGCGCAAGGAGCUGGAGGCCUCCCGCCAGCUGUGGUCCUUCUUCCAGGAGAUGGAGGAGGCCGAGGCCUGGGUGCGGGAGAAGGAGCGCAUCCUCUCCUCCUCCUCCUCCUCGCAGAACUACGGCAAGGACCUCAGCAGCGUGGCCAAGCUGCUGAGCAAGCACAGCAUCCUCCUGGGCGAGCUGGGUGGCCGCCGCUCCUUGCUGCAGAGCACCAUGAAGCGAGGGGAGCAGACCCUCCUCCGGAAGCGCUCCGGCCCCGGCAGCAUCCCGGAGAAGAUCCGGGAGGUGCGGCUGCGCUGGAAGAAGCUGGAGGAGCUGGCGGCCUCCCACCUGCAGAAGCUGCAGGGGGCCCUGCGCUUCCACCAGUUCAGCGCGGACACGGACGACCUGGUGGCCUGGCUGCAGGACGCCUACCGCCUGGUCUCCAGCGACGACUUUGGCCACGACGAGCACUCCACCCAGUCGCUGGUCAAGAAGCACAAGCGGGUGGUGGAGGAGACCGACAAGCACCGGGCCGCCGUCCUGGCCCUCCGCAAGCAGCUGGCGGCCCUGGCCCCCGAGUACCACGAGCUCGUGGAGGUCCAGAUCCGCAUCGUGGAGGUGGAGCAGCUGUACGGGGAGGUGGCCGAGGUGGCCGUGCUGCGGCGCCAGUGGCUGCAGGACGCGCUGGCCGUCUACCGCAUGUUCAGCGAGGUCAACGCCUGCGAGGUCUGGAUCGACGAGAAGGAGCAGUGGCUGAACCGCAUGGACGUGCCCCAGGAGCUGGAGGGCGCAGAGGUGGUGCAGCACAGGUUCGAAAGCCUUGACCAAGAGAUGAACAGCCUGAUGGGUCGGAUCCUGGACGUCAACCAGAUUGUGCAGCAGCUGGUCGAGGGAGGCCACCCCAGCUCCUCUGAAGUCCGGGCCUGCCAGGACCACCUCAACAGCAGGUGGAACCGGGUGGUGGAGCUGGUGGAGCAGAAGAAGGACCACCUCAGUGCCAUCCUGAAGAUCCAGAACUACCUGCUGGAGUGCAACGAGAUCAAGUCCCAGAUCCGAGAGAAGCGCAAGGCUGUCGAGUCCACCCAGUACAACAGCAGCGACCUGGGCAGCGUCCUCUCCCUCCAGCACCGCCUCUCCGCCAUGGAGGCUGCCCUGUUGGUGCUGGAGCCCCGGCUGAUUGAGCUGCAGCAGGAGGGGGAGCUCCUGGCCAACACCCACCCCGCGCAAGCCAUGGAGAUCUUGAUGCAGUUCGAGGAGAUCAGCGAGGAGUGGGAGGCCCUGAAGAGGGUCCUGCAGGGCUGCGAGGAUUCCCUCACCGUGGCUAGCAGGCUCCAGCAGUUCAUCCAGGACCUGGACAGCUUCCUGACGUGGCUGGUGAAGACCCAGGCAGCAGCGGCCUCGGAAGAGCUGCCCAGGAACCUGCUGGAGGCCGAGCGGCUGCUGAGCCACCAUGCCUCCCUCAAGGAGGAGAUCAACCGCUACGAGGAGGACUACGCCAAGAUCCAGGCGGUCAACGAGGUGCUGGCCCUGGAGGAGGCUGACCUGCCCUACCUCUCCCUCCAGCAGUGGCUGCAGAAGCUGGACGUCGGCUGGAACAAGCUCCUGGAGAUGUGGGAGAACCGGCGGGAGGUGCUGGUCCAGGCACACAUCUUCUUCCUCUUCGUGCGUGACGCCAAGCAGGCGGAAGUCUGUCUGUACAACCAGGAGAUGACCCUGGCCCAGGCCAAGCUGCCCACGACCGUGGAAGAGGCAGAGCAGGCCCUCAAGAAGCACAAGGACUUCACGACGACCAUGGAGCUGCACCUGCAGAAGACCACCACGGCCCUCAAGGCUGGCGAGAGCCUCAUCCGGCAGGGCAAUGUCUAUGGCCAGCGCGUGAGGGAGAAAAUGCAGUUCCUCCAGGCAAAAAGCCAGCACAAUCUGCAGCGGGCCCAAGACUGGAGGCAGCGCCUCAGUGACCACCUGGAGCUGCAGCGUUUCCUGCAGAACUGCCACGAGCUCGAUGGCUGGGUGGCCGAGAAGGAGCUGCUGAUGGCCGGCGAGGCGCCCCGCGACCGGGACCACGCGCUGCAGCAGCCUCCGCCUCCGCGGGCGCCCAAGCGAUGGCUCCGCCACCGCGCCUUCAUGGCCGAGCUGGUCCAGAAUAAGGAGUGGCUCCGCAAGAUCGAGAAGGAGGGUCAGCAGCUGAUUGCGGAGAAGCCGGAGCUGGCCGAAAUCGUGAGGAAGAAGCUGGGCGAGAUCCGGCAGUGCUGGGCCGAGCUGGAGUCCACCACGCAGGCCAAAGCCCAGCAGCUCCUGGAGGCCACCAAGGCAGACCGUCUGGCGCAGAGCUACGCCGAGCUGGACAAGCGGCUGCUCCACAUGGAGAGUCAGCUGCAGGCCGUGGACCCCGGGCCGGACCUGGCCAGUGUCAACAGCAACCUCAAGAAGCUCCAGAGCAUGGAGACACAGGUGGAGGAGUGGUACAAGGAAGUGGGGGAGCUGCAGGCCCAGGUGGCCGCCUUGCCCCUGGAGGCCGCCAGCAAGGAGAUGGUGGGCGAGCGGCAGGACACCGUCGGGACUCGCAUCGUGCGCCUCAUCGAGCCCCUCAAGGAGCGCCGGAGGAUCCUGCUGGCUUCCAAGGAGGUGCACCAAGUCAGCCACGACCUGGAGGAUGAGCUGAUCUGGGUGCAGGACCGCCUGCCCUUGGCCACCCUGAAGGACCACGGGAGCAACCUGCAGACGGUCCAGCAGUUCAUCAAGAAGAACCAGACCCUGCGCCGGGAGAUCCAGGCGCACAAGCCCCGGAUGGAGGAGCUGCUGGAGCACGCGGGGGCCGUGGCCGGCCUCAAGAGCCCCGCCGUGGACGAGGUGCGGCUGCUGCUGGAGAAGCUCUCGGCGCUCUGGGCGGCCCUGCAGGAGGAGACGGAGCGGCGGCAGCAGCUGCUGGACACCACCUACCAGGUGCAGCAGUACUGCUUCGACGUGGCCGAGGUGGAGGCCUGGCUGAGCGAACAGGAGCUCUUCCUGAUGAACGAGGAGAAAGGCAAGGACGAGCAGAGCACCCUGCAGCUGUUGAAGAAGCACCUGAUGAUGGAGCAGACGGUGGAGAACUACGCCGAGACCAUUGCCCAGCUGUCGCGCCAGUGCCGAGCCCUGCUGGAGCUGGGCCACCCCGACAGCGAGCAGAUCAGCAGGCGCCAGUCUCAGGUCGACCGGCUGUACGUGUCCCUGAAGGACCUGGUGGAGGAGCACAAGGCCCGCCUGGAGCAGCAGUACUGGCUCUACCAGUUGAACCGCGAGGUGGACGAGCUGGAGCACUGGAUCGCCGAGAAGGAAGUGGUGGCCGGCUCGCCGGAGCUGGGGCAGGACUACGAGCACGUGACGCUGCUGCAGGAGAAGUUCACGGAGUUUGCCAGCGAGACGGGCAGCCUGGGCAGCGAGAGGAUCCUGGCCGUCAACCAGAUGGUGGACGAACUGAUUGACUACGGGCACGCAGACGCCGCGACCAUCGCCGAGUGGAAGGACGGCGUGAACGAGGCCUGGGCAGACCUGCUGGAGCUGAUGGAGACGCGGGCGCAGAUGCUGGCCGCCUCCCACGAGCUGCACAAGUUCUUCAGUGACUGCAAGGAGACCCUCUCCCAGAUCGAGGAGAAGAAGCAGCGCUUGCCCGAGGUGGCCGCCCGCGAGUCCAAGGCCUCGGCCAGCACCCUGCAGCGGCUGCUGAGCUCCUUCGAGCACGACGUCCAGGUCCUGGUGGCGCAGGUGCGCCAACUGCAGGAGGUGGCCGCCCAGCUGCGGACGGUGUAUGCUGGCGAGAACGCGGAGGCCAUCGCCACCAAGGAGCAGGAGGUGAUGCGCUCCUGGAAGGAGCUGCUGGGCUCCUGCGAAGAUUGCCGGCUGCAGAUCACCACCACCACGGACAAGAUCCGCUUCGCCGGCAUGGUGCGCGACCUCAUCUCCUGGAUGGACACCAUCAUCUGCCAGAUUGGCACGGGCGAGAAGCCCAGGGACGUGUCAACGGUGGAAGUGCUGAUGAACUACCACCAGGGCCUGAAGAGCGAGAUUGAGACCCGGAACAAGAACAUCGCGGCCUGUGUGGACCUGGGGAAGACCCUGGUUCUGAACAAGAGCCCGGCCUCCGAGGAGAUCAAGCUCCACCUGGAGAAGCUGAUGACCAAGAAGAAGGAGAUGCUCACCAAGUGGGACCAGCACUGGGAGUGGCUGCAGCAAAUGCUGGAGGUCCACCAGUUUGCCCAGGAGGCUGUUGUGGCCGACGCGUGGCUCACCGCCCAGGAGCCACUGCUGAAGAGCCGGGAACUGGGCAACAGCGUGGACGAGGUGGAGCAGCUCCUCCGGCGCCACGAGGCCUUCCGCAAAGCGGCUGCGGCUUGGGAGGACCGCUUCAGCUCCCUCCGGCGGCUCACCACGAUUGAGAAGCUGAAGGCGGAGCAGAGCAAGCAGCCCCCCACGCCCCUGCUGGGCCGCAAGAUCUUCGCAGACCCCGCGGAGCUGAGCAGCAAGGCGGCCGCGCUCCUGCGCCAGCCCCUCUACGAGAAGGAGCUCCUGCGGGGGCGGCUGGAGGGCCCGCCCCUCCUCAAUGGGGCCAAGCCAGAGGCCCUGGAGCGGGCCGAGGCCAAGGUGGCCUACGUGCGCCAGGAGCUGAAGCCGGAGCGGCUGCAGCCCAAGCUGGACCGCCUGCAGGAGGGGUUGGGGGCCGCGGCCGAGGCCACCGCCCGGGAGGCCAAGGGCGCCCUGGAGGAGGCCGGCCGGCUGGAGAGGCUGGCGCACCCUGUCGGGGCCCUGGUGGAGCAGCUGGAGGCCAGGGGCAGCCGGGGGGAGCCCCACGCCGAGAGGGCCCCCCGCGAGCGCCGGCUGGAGCGGCAGGAGUCGGUGGGCGAGCAGGCCGAGCGGCGGCGGGAGCGGCGGCUGGAGCGGCGGCUGGAGCGGCAGGAGUCGGGCGAGCAGGAGGCCCCGUGGCGGGAGAGGCACGAGCGGCGGCUGGAGCGGCAGGAGUCCAGCGAGCAGGAGGCCCCCCGCAGCGACCCCAAGGGAGGCGGCAAGGCAACGCUGGCAGACAUCGUGGAGCAGCUGCAGGAGAAGGAGUCAACGGUGCCGGCAGCAGCAGCAGCAGCAGCCGCCCCACCAGCCACGCCGCGUGAAAGGGACUCCCCGGCCCGCCUGCCCAACGGCCUGGACAUGCUGCCCGAGAGGACGCCCCGCCCGGACCGGCCCCGGGCUCGGGACAGGCCCAAGCCUCGCAGGCGGCCCCGGCCCAAGGACCCCAACGCGCCCCCAGGAGAGGCCCGCCGGUCGCGCUCCGCCCCCGCCCAGAGCAGCGCCCCGCCCCCUCCGCCCCCCACGCACAGCGCCCAGCAGGAGGGCUACCUGCUCCGGAAGCUGGAGCUGGAGGGGCCCAACAAGAAGGCUUCCAACCGGUCGUGGGUCAACCUGUACUGCGUGCUCAGCAAGGGGGAGCUGGGCUUCUACAAGGACUCCAAGGGGCGGGACACCGGCAGCACCCACGGCAACGAGCCCCUCCUCAGCCUGCACAACGCCACCAGCGAGGUGGCCAACAACUACAAGAAGAAGAAGUUUGUGCUCAAGAUCAAGACCAGCGAUGGCGGGGAGUUCCUCCUGCAAGCCAAGGACGAGGAGGAGAUGAAGACCUGGCUGACAGCUCUGUCCACCUGCGUCUCCGAGCACAGCGAGAUUUCCCGGUGGAACCAGGCCCUGCUCACGACCUCCUCGACUGACGAAGGCAACCCCAAGCGGGAGGCCGACCGCAGGGCCAGCACCUCCGGAAGGAAGAAGUGAAGCUGCCCGCGGGGCCCAGAGGCUGGGAGGAGCUGCGCCCACGGACAGCCCCCAAGGCCGCCAGACCCAGCCUGGAGCCACCACAGCCAGGGAGGCCAGCUGGUGGGGCUGGACAGCACUGGGCGUGGAGGGGAGGAGAUGGGUCCUCUGACGGGGCCCCAGAGCCAGGCCCUCCGCCCACCUCCGCCAGCAGCCAGGGAGGGGCGCCAUCCUCGGGGGACGGCCCCGGAGAAGACAGGCGCCCCCACUGGGAGAGGCCUCUCCUGGGCUCAAGGCCGGCCCUCCGGGGUGAAGGAGAGGAGCGCCGCUCUCCUGCAUCCCCCCGGCCCUCUGCAAUGCCCCAGACACCCCCCAGCUUGGAAGACUCCCCAGGAAAAGGCCCCACGCGCCGGCUCAGCAACCUGGGGGAGCUAGUGGGGCCCCUGCCCGGCAGAAGGGGGGUGGGGGAGGAAGCAGCCCCCCCCCCCGGUUUCCUCUGGGAAUGCUGAGAGCAUGCUUUGGGGAGCUCAGCAGGCAGCCCCCCCCCGCCCCGCCCUGCUCCCGGCCUCACGUCUUCCUGCCAGCUAGGGCGCCUCUGCUUCAUGGUGCUGCUGUGGGCGCAGAGGGAGGGCAGCUGGGUGGGGCACUGCUGCUGCGGCACCCUCUCUGGGCCCCCCACCCCACCCCACCCCACCCCACCUGUUGGACUGCAUUCAGAUUCAUAGCUGCUCCUUUUGACAGGAUCCGUUGCUCAAGUGCGAGUCAGUGCACAACCUCCCUCCGCGUGUGCCAGGAGGGAGAGGAGCAGCGCCUGGUCUGGCGGGCGGCGGGGGGGGGGGUCAGCCCUCCUCCUCCUCCAUCUGGUUCACCUCCCCCCCCGACUGGACUGCUGCCUGUGCCCCUCGGAUGACUCUCUCCCCUGUGCCCCCCACUCAGUUGCCUUUGCGCCUCCCCCAGUGCAGCGCUUUGGAGACGUUCUGGGUACAUCUCCUGGGGGGCUGCCUGCCCCCUUGCCCUGCAGGCCCUGGCCGUUGGGGCCCUCUGUCUGGAGUCCGAGCGGGACCUUCCUGCCUGGCCUCCCGGGCACGGAGCAGGGCCAGUGGGCACCGCUUUGCCACUACUGUUACAAGCCAUAUCCCCAUCACCACUUCUGCUACCGGGGGGGGGGGGGGCUCACCUGCUACAGCACAGAGACGUAUUUUUAUGCAAUAAGAUGGCAGGAGCGGCACAGCACAGCAGGGAGAUGCCUCUGGCCACGGGGCAGGCAGGCAGGCAGGCGGCAUGUAGGAACUCUCCCGAAACCAGGAGCGGGAGCCUUCUGGGCCGGGGUAGGCUUCACGGACCGCAGAACAGCUUCUGCCCAUCCGGCCCCGUCCCGUCGAGCAAAGGGCACCUUUCCGAUCUCCCUCCUGCCCUGCUGUGGGCCAUGGGGCCAGAGUUCUGAUGGCUAGAUUGUAUCAAUGCACCCCAUGUGGUCAAGCACCCAUUCCAGGCCCUGGAGACGGUCUGUCGCAAUUGUGCGCCCCCUUCACCACAUGUGGGCACAGCCGUACAACGCAGAUGACGGAAGGACCGCCGAGGUUUCUGCCCUUUGCUCCUCCUCGUCUCCCAAGGACGGCGGUCCCAGGAAGAAGAGCUGGGGCGGUGGCGCAGUGGCCUCCUCCCUCCGGCCCCGAAGCCCCGCUGAAGCCUUUGGCAUCCCACCGUCCCCACAGCGCCAUCUCCAGCUGCAUGCUUGGUCAGGCAAGGGGUCCACACACGGGCCAAGGCCUGCUGGAGCUCUGAGGAAGAGCUGCCCCAGGAGCAGAAAUGCAACGGUGCUGGGAGGAGCAGCCGCCGCCCCUGCUGGCAUCACCUGCCCGGGACGGCACUUGGCCAGCCCCAGCCCCCCUUGUGCUAGGUGUCGUUCCCAUGGUGCCCUCCCUGGAACUGGUGCAGUUCCAUCCCCCAAUGCUUCCGCCCCCACCCCCACCCCCCCGCCACUGCCUUCCCCAAUUGUUCAGAAGCCUGUAAAAUAUUGUAAUUGCUUUAAAUAAGUUUUUUUGUCUUGUAUAGAAAAAGAACCACCCAAACUGGAGCAUU